AUGACGGUUCUCGGUGCUCUGCCUCUACAACGAUCGACAAUCUUACCUGAUCACCUCGCCUCACCUUAUCGGCUACAUCACCUUGCCAGCAACCUCACCUUGUCGGCAACCUCAGGUCUAGUGAUCUCAUGCUCGCUUCUCCUUAAAGAUUGCUUUGAAGUGUAUGCCCUAGUUCCAAGGCUUCUACGGGAAGAGGUGAUUAGCUUACUUCCAGUUUUGGCUACACUUACAUCUGUCUCCCCAAAGCUGCCUCUUGGUUAUCUAGCCAGAUUAUCUUUCAUAGAGGCCAAGAAAUUGAGUAACCCGCCUCUAUACCCGGUUGCUGGACUUGCUAUAGUUUAUGUUGUUUGUUUCACUUCAAGUUCAGUUGUUGCUUUAUUUACAAAUAUACCCGUUUUGUAUCAUUGUGAGUGGCGGGGAAUUGGAGGACUCUAUGCCUCUCUUUUACUCAUUCUCUACCACUUCAUAGAUGAUUAUGGCAGAUUUGGAGGUACAAUGAAGGCGAUAGUGUUGUGCAAUAUUGAUUGUUUCAAGCCCACGAGUGCAAUGGGGGUGGAAGCAUCCACCACAGCAGUUAUCAUCUUUUGUCUCCAAUCUGAAUUAGACCUCAAAAGAUAUCUUGCGAAAAGGUGGAGGGCAAAAUCGUCAUACACGGGAUACCUCUGUGGACAUGGAUGGGAACAUCGCAGAUUUAGAGAAGCCUCCAAAAGCACCUCCCACGAAGUGUGGUUUUGGUUUUUGCCUCUUUAA